AUGAAAAAUGAGGGCAGCACCAUCGUGCACCUGGCCAAUAGUUCUCUCCCGAAAAAAGAAAUGAUGAAAAUAAAUUUAGUGUUGAUUUUAUUGUUAUGCACAGUAUCCAUAAACUCGCAACAACGACAAUCUAUUCAGUUUUGGAAUGAUCACAUAAACGGACAUCUAUCAAGGGGGGUGGAAAAAUUUGCGGUCGCUCUGAACCAAGCUAUUGAUGCUAAUAGAAUAAAAGACGAUAAUAAAAACGUUGUAUUCUCACCAUUGAAUGUAGUAGAACUGCUGGCAGUUAUGCUUCUUGGUUCUGAGGGUAAAAGUAAUGAAACAUUUUGCUCUCUUGGUUUCGAUAAGGAUAAAGUUAUAUCGAAAGAUUCAGAGUUUUUACAUCAUAUGUUUGGGAAUCUCAUAAAUUCAAUACAAUUGGUAAGUAAAGAAAACCGCGGGGAAACUCCAGAACUAGUGUCUGCUAACAGAAUCUUCGUGCAAAACGGAUACUCGAUUCGACCAAAUUAUGCCGCUUUUGUUCGUGAUGUUUACAAUUAUGACAUCACCCAAGUUGAUUUUCAUGUUCCUUCCAUAACAAAAGACAUCAAUAAUUGGAUCAAGUCAGCGUCACGUGGUAAAAUAAAUAAUUUUUUGCAAGAACCACCUAGUGAUUUGACAGAAAUCUUUAUUGCAUCUACAUUACACUUCAAAGGCCAAUGGAAGUACCCUAGAAUUCGCAUGACUGAUUAUAAUGACAAUCCAAGAUUAGGAGCUGAUAUAGUCGGUUUACCUUAUAAAAUUAACAAUGUUAAUGGAUCAAUGUCCGAGGUAACAAUGUUCAUCGUAUUGCCACAUCAGGAUGUUCCUCUGAGCGACAUUUUAUCAAGUUUUACCAAACGUGACAUCAAUUUAUAUCUAAGUUAUAUGAUACCAUUUUAUGAUGUUACGGUAGAAUUACCGAAAAUGAAACUAUCGAGUACACUUAAUUUGCGUGAUACUUUACAGUCACUCGGGUUUACUUCAAUGUUUAUUCCAAAAGUAGCUAAUCUAGGGUUGAUGUCAACUGGUCAAUCACAAUCGUUUAAAGACGAACUUCUAAAUGUUUCGAAAAUAAGAACUGAAAAUUUUAAUAAUGAAGAGGAUCGUUCAAUUCCCGCAAACUUUCAACAAUAUGUAAAAACUAAAAAUUUUCCUUCUUAUGGUUUGGAUGAACUGCGUGAAAGCAGAAACUUUGAUAAUCCUGGCUUGUAUGUGUCCCGUGCAGAUCAUAAAGUUGAAAUAGACAUCACUGAAAGAAGCACUGAAGCUGCUGCAGUUUCUUACGUGAUUAUAAACUACCUUUCCUUGCAAUGGGUACCAAUUAAGUUUAAGUGUAACCGUCCGUUUUUAUUAUUCAUUAGACAUAAACCUUCAGGUUUAAUUUCAUUCUGGGGAGUUGUUCGCAAACCUACUCCUUAUUAUAAAUAA